CCCGCAGGCGCUGCUCGUCUCAAACAGAACAAUGGGCACAGUACAUAUUACAUACGCUGUAGGCGUUGGGGGCUAAAAAAAGGCCUUCUCUGCUGGCUUCUGGCUCCUGCAGGGUGCAGCUGCAGUAGUGCCGCGGGCUUGGCACCGCGACUUUGAGGCUAGCGACUGUUGUUUUAUGAAACACGCCCUCCUUGCUGCCUCACCACGCACACCCCGUCGAACGAUGCCCGCCGCAAUUGGACGCCUGCGACGCCUCCUUCAGGGGCAGGCAGACGCAGGGGCCGCCCCGUACACACCCGUUUGUGCACAGAGCGCCAUUUUUCAGUUAGCCCACCUGGCAUGCGUGUGUCUGACAUGCUGGUGCGUGCUUCGGGGAUGCAUGCAACUUCAGCUUUGCCUGGCUCGUCUGGGCCCCCAUUUGGGAAAAUCUUUGCCCAGUACCGUAUAUCUUCCUCAGAUGCCCGUUCCCCUUGCAAUUGACCACUUUUUUGAGCGGCUGCGCGUUUCCCCCUCCUUUGUUCUUUGCCACUCCCUUCCUUUAUAAGUCCGCGAUCUGACUUCUCCUGUCCCCGCUUUUUAUCUUCCUUCGAUUGGGAAUCUUCGGAUCUUGAUCUUCUUUCCAGCUGCUGGACAGUUGCCCUACAUUUCGAU